AUGUCUUCUCUACCGGAAAUCCUUUUCGAUGUGGCCAGAAACCCUUUCUUGGCCGUGGGCUUACCCAUCGGUCUCGGUAUAGCCAGUGGCUUUGCGACUGGCCAAGCAUCUCGAAGUAACUGGUUCAAGACCAUGACUCCCCCUCCCGGAAACCCCCCUAAAGAGGCCUUUGGACCUGUAUGGACCGUGCUCUACGGUCUAAUGGGGUACGCUUCUCAUUUGACAGUCAGAGCGUUUGACAGCGCCGUUACCCCUGGUGGAACCGCUCAAGCCGAUCAAGCUCUUCAGCUGUAUUACGCUCAAUUGGUGCUCAAUCUAGCCUGGACACCCUUAUUCUUCGGUUCAAAGAACAAGGAGCUCGCGCUUGGAAACAUUCUUGCGUUGUUCGGAACCGUAACUACGAUGACCGUCAAGAUGCACGACCUUUACACACCCUUCAGCACCACUUGGUUCUUAGCUCCUUACUGUGCUUGGCUCGGUUAUGCUACUUAUCUCAACGCUGGAUACGUUUUCCUUAACAGAGACAAGAAAUAG